CAAUGAAGUAAAAGUAAGUGAUGGCACUACUACAACAUUGGAACAGGAAAAAGUGCAAACGUAGUAUCAUAGAUAAUUUGGAAACCUGAUCAGAAGACUGCUAGUAGUAUGACGGUCAAUAAUGGAGAAACCCAGCCCCUCAGAGGGGUAGCAUCUGAUGGAGCAAUCGAAUCCACCCCAUGGUAUAAGAAGAUUUCCAAAUCCAAUUUGGUCAUGGGUGCUGUGGUGGUUGCCGUUUUGCUGUUCUACUUUUUGAGUGGUUCUCCCUCUCCUUCUGCUGCUAACCAUGGCGGCAAGAUACCCAUUGAAGAACCUCCCUUACCACCUGUCCCCCCCGAAGCCUACGAUGGCAUCAUGUACCGUCCCUUUUGCAUCCAUCAUGCCGAUGACUCGGGUAGGACUGUCCGACUCGUCCAGACCAGCAUGCAAAAUCCCAGUCAACAGUGGUCCUCUCUACCCUGCUACCAUGAAUCCCAACGAUCGAAAAUUUGGAAUUCCCAACCACAAGACGAAACGGAUACCUUUGGAGCUCCCGAUGCCAAGUUGGAUGUAAAGUUAGACACACAUGCCUUUCCCCAACGCGAAACACCCAUUUUGGGAUUUGGAGGAGCCUUUACCGAAGCGGCGGCACUCAAUUUUCAUUCCUUGGACAAGACAGGACAAGAGGCCGUCUUGGAAUUGCUCUUUGGCGAAUCGGGGUUGGGAUAUGCCCAAGGUCGCGUUCACAUGAAUUCUUGCGAUUUCUCCAUUAAGUCCUACAGUUUUGAUGAUGUCGAAGACGACUUUACUCUCAAACAUUUUGAUACCGCUGUCGAACAUGACGUCGAAAGUGGCAUGAUCGAUUUGGCGCUGCGGGCCACUUCCAAACUCAAGGCGUGGUCAUCCGACGAUGGAAUGGAUGGAGUAUUGCGCUUGUAUGCGUCGCCGUGGUCCCCUCCGGCUUGGAUGAAACAACCCACCUGGCAGGAUCAUCCCGGUGCCACCCAUGCGGAUGAUAUGCUGGGGAGUGCUCAACCCACGUGUAUUAAGGACGGCACCGGACCGGAUUCUCCUUAUGCCAAGGCAUGGGCUCUCUACUUUUCCAAAUUCUUGACAGCUUACGAAAAUUUGGGCCUUCCCUUCUUUGGAGUAACUCCCCAAAAUGAACCUGAGUUCCCAGCACCCUGGGAAGCGUGCUCUCAUACACCACUCACAGAAUCGGAAUUCAUUGGCUAUCAUCUCGGUCCACAAUUGAAAAAGGAUCAUCCCGACGUGAAAAUUCUAGGAUUCGAUCACAACAAGGAUCACAUUGUCGCCUGGGUCGAUGAAUUGCUCGGUGACACUAGUGGCGAUUACGUCUCGGGAACGGCCUAUCACUGGUACGCCGGUGGAAACAACCGAAUUCUCGAUGGUGCCCUCGGAGCGCCCAACAUGCAUCGCCUCCAGGAACAUAUCAACGGUGAUCCCAAACACUUUCUCAUCAAUAUCGAAUCCUGUCAUUGUCCGUACACGGGCUAUGGUGGUGGAGACAUUGACGUGUACUGGGCACGAGCCGAACGGUAUGCGCAUACCAUCUUGUCCGAUUUGGCAGCGGGAAGUAAUGGGUGGAUGGAAUGGAACUUUAUCCUCGACUCGCAAGGUGGUCCCAAUCAUCUGGGCAAUCUUUGUGAUACGUCCUUGCUGGCAGUGCCACAUCGUGCCAAGAAUGCACCGGAAGACUUUCCUCCUCUCAUGGAAUGGGAACAUACCAAUGCUUCUGCCAGAUUUGGUGCGAACGUUGGCGAUGGUCGCACUCUUCCAGAGCUCAAUGCUCUGGGCUUUCCUGCCAAAUAUCUGGAGUUGGGUGUGGUGGUCCAGCCAAUUUACUUCUAUAUGGGCCACAUCUCUCGGUACAUUCGACCGGGUUCUCGUGCCGUGAUGGGGUUGGUCGAUCAAGCCGACUCGGACGAUGGUACUUUGACAUUCCGACCCAAGGGACAAACCGUGGCUGGAGGUGGCAUCAAUGACCUUGCUCAGCCAGAUGUCGAGAUUACGGUUUGGCCUUGUGAAGGAUCCACGCGACAAUCCUUCCGUUGGGAUGCUGUGUCCAAGCAGCUGCAGGUGUAUGGGCAUGAUUGGUUGGGUGCACCCACAACCUCCUGUGUCAGUAAUUAUCCGCACGAGUCUCUGAUGGGGCUUGUUUUGGUGCAGUGCGACAAAAAGCAUGGAGCUGCUACGUUGGACGUGGUAAAAUACGACAACUACACCAACUUUGUUGUCACCAACGGCAAAGAAAAGAAUGACUGUUUCACGAUUGCGGCGUUGGGGAACCAAGGAGGUGCCUAUGGCCCCCGUGGUGGAGCCCAAAUCUCACUUGGCAGUUGUACCAGUGAUGCAGCCAAGUUUGACUAUGACGAAGAAACAAGUGAAAUUAGAUCCUCGUUCUACGCGGAUGAGACUGGUUCCAACGAGGUCUGCGUGACAACGGGCUGGCCCUUCUUGCAGAUGGGGGCUUUUGAUACUCCCAAUGGUGAAGCCCAGAAGACUGUCGUGAUCCUGAACGAGGCCAGGUCUGAGGCCAAUUAUGCCGUGAAGGACGACGGCAAACUCCUGGUGACUGGAUCCAUCGGUCCGCGUACCAUUCAAACCCUACUGAUAGACUGAUAGACUAUUCUAGUGAUCUUAUACUUUUG